AUGACCCCCUCCUCCUGCUGCUCCCUCCAUCCCCUCGUUCUCUCGCGCUCAGGUCUCCCAGCCCGUGGCGGCCAGGUACUCGCCGUAGGGGUCGUGCUGCGCGCUGGCCAGGCCAAUGGGCGCUCGCAGGAUAUGGUCCGGGAUGCCAAAGGCGUCCACCAGGGCCACCGCCACACCGCGCAGCUCGCCGCACAGCGACUCCACCAUGCGCUUGACGGCCUUGGCCUUCUCCGGGGACAGGUAGUCGUCGUUACGGAACAGGAUGUCGGCGUGGAUGCGCGACAGCGCAAACAGGUCCGCCAGCGCCUUGAGGCUGCUGCGGCAGUCGGGGUCGUUGCAGCGCUGCACGCCCGCGUACAUGGACUCCAGCGCCACGCUCUCGAUGUGCGCCCGGGCCAGGUCCUGGGCAGUUGCGAGGGGGGGUAUGGGUGUCGCGUGGGGACGGCGGGUUCUCCCCGAACCGUGCCGCGGGAGCUCUCCUGUGCCCCUCUUCAGCCCCCGGUCCCCACCCUGCCAAUGAUCACCCCCCGCCCCCCCUCCCGCCAGCCCCCUCACCAGGAGGUGGAGCAGGCACCUGUUCCAGGCCUUGAAGGCGCCGUGGCGGCGCGUGUGCUUGCGCAGACGCGCGGCCACGGUGUGCAGCAUGCGCGCAGUGCGGUGGCGCAGCGCGGAGAUGAGGAAGCGCGGGUCGCGCAGGUGGCGUGGCGUGGUGUCGUGCGCGAGCAGCGGGUUGGCGGGCAGCGCGUCGCCCAGCGCAGCGCGCAGGUAGGACCAGGAGGCGGCGAGCGGGGAGCCGCGGAAGGAGUCGCGGUACUCCUUGAGCAGCAGGCCAGCCACCUGCUGCAGCAGGACGGUGUUGUCGCCCUCAAAGGUCUGAAAGAUGUCGUGGUCGGAGCGCAGGGCGCCCAGACGGUUGACGGCCGCGUAGCCGUGCCCGCCGCAGCACUCGCGGCACACCGACAGCGUGGCGGCGGUGAACCCGGUGGUGUAGGCCUUGAGCCCCGCGCUGAGCGAGUGCACGUCGGCCGUCAGCGCCUCGUCGCGCGUGCGCUUCAUCUCCACGUACUUGUCCACCAGCGCGUCCUUGGCGAAGGUCAGCGCGUAGGCGGUGGCCAGCGCGGGCAGCAGGCGCAGCUGCUGGGAGGGGUAGUCCAGUACCGCCACCUCCGGCGCUGCGCCCCCGGGGCCAAACUGCUGGCGCUGCGCGGAGUAGCGGAUGGCGAUGGUCAGCCCGCCCUUGAGCACGCCCAGGCUGCCGGCGGUGAGACCCACGCGCCCACCGGUCAGCUCCCCCAGCGUGGCCGCAAAGCGCUUGGCCGCGGAGGGCAUGGGCGAGGAGUACCGCCCCGCGCGGUCCACGCUGGCGAAGCGGUCCAGCAGUGCGCCGCGCGGCACGCGUACAUGCGUGAACCGGAUGGCGCCGUUGUCCACGCCGUUGAGGCCCACCUUGUAGCCGCAAUCCUGAAUGUCCACGCCCGGAGCCAGGCGCCCCGGCGCGGUGCGCAGAGGCACCACAAAGGCGUGCACGCCGUGGUCGUCCAGCUCGCGGCGGCCGGAGGCCGCAGGGACCUUGAGGCGCGCGAAGACCGUGGCGGCCAGACCGUCCUCCGCCGCGUUCCCGAUCCACCACUUGAGCGCGCCGUCGUCGGGGGUAUGGAUGACCCACUCGUCGGUCUCGACGUCCAGCACUGCCUCGGUCUGCAGCGCCGCCACGUUCGAGCCGUGGCGCAGCUCGGUCAUGGCGAAGCAGCCGGGGAGGUCGAAGCGGUCGAUGGCGUCGAAGUAGCGGCGGCGGUGCUCCUCCGAGCCCAGGUUCAGCACGCUGCCGCCCCACAGGCUGUACUGCACCCCCAUCUUCACCGUCAGGCUCAGGUCCACCAGGGACAUGAGCUCGCCCAGGUAGAAGUAGCGCCGGGGGUCGGAGGCCAGCAGCGUCAAUGGGCUCUGCCCCGACGCCAGCAGCGCGCGCAGGCAGCGCCGCACCAGCUCCCGGUGCUCCUCCUUGGACAGGGCCUCCAGCUCCUUCACCAGCAGCUCCGGGUGCUCCCGGAACACGGCGUACACCUCCUCCUUCAGCAGGUGGGAGGGGUCCAUGUAACGCUCCAUCAACGUGGCGUCGAACCGGGGGAGCUGGCGGUGCGCCCGCGCGGAGGUGGGAAAGGGGGCCACCGCAUCAUUCUGGGCUGGGUUCGCCGAGAGGUGGCCAGCCAGAACGUCCUGACGACGGGACAUGGUGGGGUCUCGUGGACCUCCCGUCCCGAGUGUCUGCAAUCUGGCCGGUGA